CGUCAGUCGUACACGUGCUAAACAACACGUUGGACGGACCCGAUUCCGUGCAAUAUUUUCGCGCGCAAUUCAAUUUUUUUUUCUUGAAUACAAGUACUAACAGUGUGUGGUGUAGUGUCUUGUGCCGUGCGUACGGACGGAUCGGUAUUUAUUUUUUUCGAAUAAUCAGACUGAAUUUCACACGGAUUGCCAUCAUCCCUCGGACCUGCAGCAACCGAAAUCGUAUUGUGGACUACUAAUCCCCGAGAGGUAUCCGUAACACGCAUACACCCGAGGUUAGUAUAUAUAAUGUUAUGGCUCUUUUAUAUAGUGCUCGAAAUGUGACACACGUUUUCAAAAAACUAAUAACAUAUAAAUCUAUCACAACAAACUCUCUCUUGGGAAGUCUUGCUUGAAGUCAAAUUAUUGUUCAUAUUAGGUAAAUUACUUGCAAAUUAUUUGCAAUACUCAUAUUAUUACAUAUUACGGGCGAGUGUUUAAAAAGUUUGAAACGAUGAAUUUGCACCUUUUUGUUAGUUUCAAAAAUGUAUGCCUAUUCAAAAAAAUAAUUAUUUUUUUAAAACUAUUGUGAAAACGCAUCGUUUAUUUUUGGAAAUAUUAACAUCGUUAAACGGCUUAACACAAUUUUUAUGAUGUCUUUACUCAAUUCAAGUUGACGUUAAAAAUUUAACGCUGCACAAUUUAAUUUUUUCCGACACCUCGUAAAUUGUAAUAUUGUUUUUAAAUACGUAUAUACUGUAUAGAAUAAUUUUAAAUCUAUAUAAAAACAUGUUACAAUGCAUUUUCCGGGGAUUAAUCGAUUUUUUAGCGAACUCAUCUAAAACAAUAUUUAAUCCCGUUAGAAUAUUAAACUAUACGAGUACAAGUAUAUGUUAAAGCAUGAUAAUUCACAGCGGUUCAUUUCUCAAUAGACUGCUUAUUGAGCACUUUAUUUCUGAAAAGUUUGAUCCGCUUCAGUCGAUCCAUUGAUUUAUUUUGGUCAACGAACACGAAACAGAAACGGGCAUCAUCCAACAAACAGAGCAUUUACUGCAAUUCGCAUGUGUAACACAAAAUUUCCACCCUUCUUUGAAUGGAUAGGUGAUGGUGGAUCCAUGAUGGGUACCUGAGUCAUAUUUUUUAUCGAAUUGGUACUUAUGGAAUAAAUUAAUAGUGUUGUAUGAGAGUUUGUUUUGUAAUCGAAAUUGGUGGUCCACACAACUUUUUACCUGCCCAUCUUCUUAAAAUAUGAUUCGGCGCCACUAUACAUUGUUGAAUUUCAUUUGCGUCCAAUCACCAUAUUAUUUUUUGUUUCAAAUUAAUUAAUUUUACGACACCUUGUUAUUUGUAUAACUGAAGUUAUUUUUAAUUAUUGAACAUCGAUGGGAAUGAUAAUUGACGACUUUAUUUGGGGGGACGAUUUAACAUAAACCUGCAUUUAACGAAUUCUAUUUAGUGUUGAAUCCAGAUAAUUUUCUGAGGGAGGGAUGACUAACUUUUUUUCCAUUAGACAUUUCGAUUUAAAAUGUAAUAAGUAACGAGUUUUGUACAUUAAAUAAAUAUAUUUUGUCAAUACAAUUGUAUUUAUCAGAUAGAGCGAAUGAAAUUUCAGGUGCGAAUUUGUCGUAAUACUAACGUUAUAUUCUCAAGACGAUAUAAUUUUUCGAAUCGCCAUGCGAUUUAACAUCGUGAAAACUUCGUAUAAGUUUUUUUUAAUGAUUUUAAUAAGAUAAUGAAAUGCAUAGCAGUCACGCUCGAAUUCAAACAUAACCCAAUAUGUCACAAUGCUGCCACAGUAAUCCACGUAAAACAGUCACUUAUACCAAGGCAUAAAUAGAUGGUGUAUGUAUAUUUUUUUUUUUUAUAAUCAUAUCAUUUUUACUUUUUCACGUUCAAUUCGAAAUAGGUACCUAAUAUAAUAUUACCGAGUCUAAGCACGUUCGUGCGGUUUUUAACGACUAGGAAAUAAUAUGAAAACCGCAUACGGAUACCUUAUACGGAAUAUUGUUUUAAUAUAAUAAUUUAAAUAAAAAAUCAUUGAGUACCGUGUUGAAUUUGAUGUCGCUUCUUUUUUUCUUUUUUUUUUAUAACCUUGCCCCUUGUAUUGUUAUUGAAUACAAUAAAUGAAGAUACGCACCUAUACUUAUUGAGCUAUUGAUUUUUAAUAUAUUAUAAUAUUAUCAUUGUCAGUUUGUUUUUUUCUAUAGAGAUAAUAUUAUAUACUACUCACGGAAAUGAUUAAACUAAAUAUCUAUAUAAUGUUAGACAUAUACAGGUAUAUAUAUAUAUAAUUAUAUGUAUUAUGAAAUGUAAAAUGCAUAAAAACUUAAUUAUAUUUUAGAUAGGUAAAAGUAGUGUUUCGAUAUUUAUAUUAAUUUAUGGCCGACAAUUAAUUGGAAAUUAUAUACGAUUGGCUUUGUUUUAAAUCGUACCAAAAAUAUAGUUAACGGACUUUCUUAUUAUGUAUACACUUUAUUUGAUAUAAAAUUAUAAUUAUAAUUUUUCCGUAUAGGCGCGUAAUGUUAACAGUUAACAGUUAAAUAAACGUUUUAAACACUAAAAUACUAUUAGAAAUUAAAAUGUGUGUACGUAACUUUUUAACUGUCAGUUGAAUAUUAUGUAUUUACCAUUUAUGUUAUUAUUGUUAUAUGACUUGUUAGUGAAUAGAUACUUGAAUAAAAUGUUUUAUGCGAGACAGUUUUAUUUAAAUAAAACAAUAACGAUUUUAUAUGAAUCGAGUAAACCAACUAUUCAGGGGGGGGGGAAUCUGAAGAUUAGUAUGCUUAUAGACCAGCGGUCCCCACUACAGGAUUUCGGAAAGAGUCAUAAAUAAUUUUUGAAAAUUACUUACAGACCCCAUAUAGUAAAGCAAUUUGAAUUUGCGUAAUAUUAACUUAUAAAAAAGGGUUUUCGUUAAGUGCAUUUACUUUUUAUUUAAUAAAAUCAUGCUCGUACCUACUUAUAUGUCAAACUGUUAAUUCAAUAAAAGUUAAAAAUAAAUAAGAAUAAUAUGAACCGUUAUAAAGCUGUUAAAAAAGCUAAAAUAUUAUUUGACACUGCAGUGUUUAAAAAACUAUAAAAUUCAAUUUUUUUUCUCGAGUAUUUUGAGUAUCGUGCCGAACUGAUAAAAUUGUAUAUAAUAUAACACUACACAAAUGAUUUCUACUUAAAUGGUAAGAAUACCAUAAAGUAUAUCCUACUCGAAUGUACACACCAAACACGUAAAAAAUGGCACUUUAAAAUCACCUCAGUUUCUAAUCAUUCAAGAACCGAAAAUUGUAGGCCGUGGCCUAUCAAUUUUUUUUAUUAUCCGUGAAAAACUUAAAUAAACGUAUUAGGGUUCGGUCCAUAUCGAAAAGGUUCGGGAACACAGCUGUGCUAUUACAAUAAAUAAUAAUUAGAAACCGAGAAUAAUAAUGCAAAUUAAUUUCUGGGUGUUUUACCCAUAUAAAUAAUCGUAUUAUACCUAUGAAUGAUAUGCCUACCUUUUGAAGUACAUUUAUGUUGUAAGACGAGUCAGAAAAAAGAAACAUAAUACGUAUACGGGUAUUCUAAUGGUAUAAGUAAUUUAGUAUAACGAUGAACGUAUAGAAAUGUAAAAAAAAAAAGUGAUGUCCAUAGGAAGUUGGUUUUUUUUUCUAAUGGGGUCCGAGACGCUAUAAUACCGUGUAGUUUUUUUUUUUACUGUAGCUGCAGCGGGAGGCGGGACACAAAAGACCGCGCGUCUAUAAUAAACGUUAAAUAUAAAUUAAUAGAAUAUUGAAAUAAAAUAAAAUAAUAAAAAAAUAACCUUAGUCAUGUUGAUUAAUAGUCGCGGUAUACGACGACGGUACAGAACUUUCGCCCGGAUCGGGUAUAAUAACAAUGUUUUUUUUUUUUUUUUUUUUUUUUAUCAUUAUAUUAUUAUAGAUUUUAAAUUUUCGGACGACUAUACGACUACACGCGCGGUUUCGGUUUCUAUGCAACCGCGGUGUCGAUUUUAUAUCCAUUACCCAAUAACCGACGGUACCGACCGUCGGUUAUUGAGACGAGAGAUUCGCGCGACAAUUCGUCUGACGGGCGUACGAUAUCCAAUUAAUUAAUAUAACAAUAUGAAUUAAUAAUUGUUUGAACUUUAAAUACGAUAGUGUAUAGUUUAAUUGUAACGGCGAUAACGCGCCGUAAUAAUAUUAUAUCCGGUAAACGACAAUGCGAAAAAAAAAAAAAAAAAAACAAACAAAAGUGUAUAAAUGUCACGAACGUGUGUACCUACCAAAACCGUAUAUUAUUAUGCUCUACGGUGGUGAACAAACGGCUACCACAAUACCCGUACGACAAUGGCACGGCGGUGUAUAAUAAUAUUAAACAAAUAAAACGAUGACAAUAAUAAUAUUACGCUAUUAAUAUUUUUGUUUUUCAAUAAAACUCUCGCGCGAUCGCCGCGGUCCGAUGACGGUGUAAUCAAUAUGGGCAUCAACGUGCCUACACCUAUUAUCUAUACGUAACGGACAAUAUUCAACAGACCGUCGCCGGGCACCUAUCAUUGUUAUUAUUAUUAUUAUUGAUUUAUUGUUUUACGCCGCGGUGUACUUUUCCGUGUGUUGUGUUGCGAGCAUCCUUUAUACGGCAAUACGGCAAUCUGUUGUCGUCGACCCAAAUCGACCGUAAAAACGAUUAGCCGUGUUCGCCCUCCCCCCCCCUCCCCCCGAUCACGUGCUGCCACCGCUGGCCAGACGAUCAGACUUCGUAUACAAUAAUACAAAAUAAUUAUCUAUCGGUCGCGACGAUCUCGCGUUGAUCACUUUCGUUCGUUUCCGCCAAGAGAUGAAAGCUAUAAUAGUCUUGUCAUUGUGUUCCGGCCCCCGGAUACACAACUGACUCCGUAUGCAUGUAUAUAAAUAUUAUCGUUUGUGGCGAUGGUCGGCGAAACGUUUGCAAACCACCGCGCGUUUUUCACAUCACCCGCAGCCCACCAUUGUCUACGUUAUAUACACUAAAUUGGCGAUUAAAAAAAAAAUUUUAAAAAAAUACGCACACACCAACUAUAAUACGUCACAUAAGUACUUACGCAAUGUAUUUCGUUGGUUUAUGAAAUAAAAACACAAGUAACAGAAAUGUCCAAGUCAUUGGAUAAAGAGGAUUAGAAAUGCACAAGUAAUAAGGGAUCUAGUUUAAGAUGAGUAUUGGAUUUAGUAUACAUUAAGUAUACUUGAUCAAUGACAGAAAAAACGAAAGAGAACCGAUUGAAAUUAUACGGUGAUGGUGUGUCUGUUGAGAUUUCAGAUACAUUCGUCCGGUACAUUCGUUUUGUUUGUAUCAUAUUCUUUUCCUUCGUCUCUUUUCCCAACUAUUUGGAAUCAGCCACCUUGGUUUUAAAUCUUUCACGGUUUUCCACAUCAUAACUAUCGAAACAACUGCUAUCCCUCUUUUACUAAUUUAUUAUACUAUCCUUUCUAUAGUGACUCCACCCGACCAAGCUUUCUAGUCUCUGCUGUACUCAUCGUCUGCUCUACCUUUCUGUCCAAUACCAAACAUGCUAAACCGUGUUGAUAAAAUAGAACAUAUUUGACCGUUUUAUAACCAGGACCCAACUCGUAUGUGCGAUCCCCUCCACACAAUGAAAACCACUUAGAAUAUUCAUUAUCCUAAAUGGUUUUCACACGGACGUACCGCAUUGACCUUUGACCUUCCGUCCGUAUACUUACACGCUCCUACAUAAUAUCGCGUCACCAAACGGUGUCUAGGUCACGUUUAUUUUGAAGAGCUCGUCUGUAUGACCUAAAUACGCGUAUAUCGUGUUUUCUGCACACGCAAUAUCCGCUUUUCCUCCGAUCGCACUGACGUCAUAUAUUAUCGUCGAAGUGCCAAUUUGUCUCUGUCUCGAUUCGAUUUUCACAGUGGUCGCGAUAGAAUGAAACCUGCCGACGACAGUAUAGUAAACCGGGAUGAAAAAUACAAAAUACUGCGACAUACUUCCAAUUUCUCAUGUGCACGUGUUGAGUAUAUUAUUAUUCGAAAUUUCGCGAAAGUAACGAUGAUAAAUUCGAAAGAUAAACAUAAUUUUGAAAAUUGAUUCGGAUUUUAUGUUUAACCUGUAAUUUUUGAAAAUAAAUUUUGUCGGAAUUAUAUUAUUUUGAAAAAUAUAUUUUGUUGAAAUUUUAUUCAUUAUAAUUUUAAUUUUUAAUUUCUUUUUAAAAUAAAACUUUAACACGAAACUUAUUUGAUUAUAAAUAUUAUUAUCAUCUUUUAGAAGAAGAAACAAAAAAAAUUUUUGGUCAAUCAAUAAUUUUUCUUUCUGAAUUUAAAUUUCUUUUUGAAACACAAAAGACAAAAUAAAAAAAAUAGAGUUUCACAUUAUAAAAUAAUUGGUACUUACGUCAAUAUUCAUUAAAAUGUACACAAUACUACUAAAUUAUUACCAUUGUUUGGUUUUAAUUCUAUUCAUCUAAUAGUUUUUCAAGACACUAUUAUUGUAAUUAGAAAUAAAUGUACGGUUUUAAAAUAAUGCGCGAAUUAAAAUAGGUUACAUUUUUUAAUUACAAUACUAAUUUUUAAUACUACAGUUGAAUAGUUCGAAAACCAAUGGAGAUAUGAAAUAAGUAUUCUAAAUAUAUCUAAUGUUCUAUACAGAGUGAUUUUAUCUCUAUUCAAAUUUGUGUUCAAAAGGGGGGUCUAUUUGAAAAUAAAAAGUAUGUACUUAUUUAAGGUAUAUGGGAGUAUAACAGUUUUCUUUAAUUAAAUGAUUUUUAUAUAUUUAUUUGAUAAGAGAGAGAGUAGAUUGUAUAAUUUUCCUUAUUUGUAUUGGCGUUAAGGAUUCAUUCAAUAUUGUAUAAUAAUAUGUACGUACCUAUAUUUAAGUUAGAUAGAAUAUUGCACAACACUAUCUAAAAUUAUUAUUCUUAAUUUUUUUUAAAUUAUAUUAUACUUAAUAUAAUUAGAUAAACACAUUUUGAUUGUGACGAAAACUUAUUAAAUCGAUAUAGAUUUUUCAAUGGUUAUAAAAAAAAAAGAAUAAAAUACUGCAAUUUAAAAACCAAGAUCGCACAGUCAUCAUAUUGUUAUUGAGCCAAUGCGUGAAAUUACAGAAAAGAACUUCAAAUACAUAUAAUAUUGCAUAGGUAUCUCAAAAAGAAAAAAAAAAAUUUAUCCAACGCAAUGCCAAGUGGAUAUUCAGUGAAACGUAAUUUACAUUUUUUUUUUUCAAGUGUAAAUACACUCUGUACAAACAACGAUGAGUUUCUUAUUAUAACCAUUAACCAUCAUGAAAGGAAUAAUAAUAUUUUAAAUCGCUAAAGGAGAACUCUUUUAUUUGUUUUCGAAAUUCUUAAAACAUAACUAGGAAAUUUCCAAAAAGUCCCGAUCUUAUGUCAAGUCCCUAUCAAAUCAAUAUACUCGUGCAAGUUUCUCUGCGAGUAUUGUGUCAAUAUUGGAAAUUCCACCGGUCGGAACAUUGUAAAGUAACGUAAUAGUAUUAUAUAACAGUCGAAUGAAUCGCGGUUUUCUUUCCGAUGUGAAAAUUACCGAAUUCAGAAAAUACUAUUGUUUAACUCUAAAAUGUAUAUAAUAAUGUAUACUAAAAAUAUUAUGAUGGGUAUCUUAUUGAAAACAAUAGUAUCAUCAAUUUUUGAUAGGUCAGCGCGUAACUGCAGACGUGUAUAAAAUCGAUACUAGUGUACUAUACAUAGAACACAGAAGCUGCAGUUCGUAUCACGAGUUCGUAUAAACUUCGUUUACGGGAGUCUUGGGGAAGGGGAGGGGAAUUUGAAACGUACGAAAUUCGCAAUAUUUCUAUGCCGCGAAAUAGGAUAAGACAAAUGAUACUAAACGUAGGAUAAUAUAUUAUUAUAAGAUCGCGGAACAUAAUAUAACGACCGCUACAGCAUGCAGCAGCCGCAGUAAUAAUAACGGUUUCGCGUCCGUUAUAUUCGCGCGUUUUGUAAAAUAUAUAUUUUAUUUAUAGAUGUUAUUAUUGCGUAGUUAUAACAAGGCGUAGCCCACGAGUAAUGAAAAGUCGUUUAUAAUAAUAUGUAUUGGUCAUACGCGGCGAUAUUUUUAAUGAAACGUCCCUAAGUAUUAUUCCGUUAGGAAUUAGCGGAAUUUAUUUUCGACGAUGGGUUGCGAAAACCGGAUAAGCAUACGCCGCACCGACGCGGUCGUCGCCGUAAUACGAGGAGACUUUAAUGCGCGCGCACAUAUUAUAUUAAUAAUAAUGAUAAUGAUAAUGAUUUAUCAAAGACGCCGUUUCGCGCAUUUAUACACCGUACGGACGAUGACGGUUGUCGUCGAUUGGCGGUCCUCGGACAGACUAAGGAGAACUGGUCUCUCGAGUGCGUAUAGAAUUUAGGUCGGCGUAUAGGUUAGGUGAACAUAGUAUAAUAUUGUGUGUAUAUACAUACGGUAUAAUAAUAAUAUUAUUAUUAUACUGAACGUGGUACUUCCACGAGGGUCACCGGUCAGAAAUAACCGGCAAAACAUAGCUGCGCACGCCGAGUGUAUCGACUUAUUAACUGUUUCACGUCGUCGUCGUCAUCUGCAUACUCGUCAGUAUAGGCACGUAUUAUUAUUUGAUAUCGAUUUUUUUUUUUUCACGAACCUAUAUGUAUAAACACACGUUUUAGGUGGGUAGGUAUCAUAAUAUACUAUUAUUACCGUAAUAAUAUGUUAUUAUACGCCGCCGCCACGCCGGAGGAAUAAACUGCUGUAAUUUACAGCGCUUCGAAAAAUAAUAUAUUAUAUGUGAUACCAUAAAGCCUAUAGUAUAAAAUAUAAUACGUGCAGGUAUAUAAUACCUGUAUAACAUAUACAUAUAUAGUGUAUUAUCGUUUUAUGAGAAUGAUGUGGUUCACUGUGCGCAUGUCACGCGUCUUUGCAGUGUUUUAAACACAAUACAAACGUGUUAAAAAAAAAAGGACCAAUUUCCGCGGUUCAAACAUAUUAUUACUAUUUUGUGUCGUAUACGGAUAUAAAACUAUAUACGCGAGUAUAAUAUCCAGUGUUACCCGUCGCCAUCGUGCAGUACACAAUAUACAUGCAAAAUAGUAUACAUGCAGGAUGGUUAUUUUAUUAUAAUACAAACCGGCAUCGAUUAUUAUCUAUAUAUUGUAUACGAAGAUUUAGAGUUCGUAUUCAUUUUUCCUGGGGUUUAUUUUCAGAUAAAAUAUCACCCUUAUGAUUAGUGACAUAGAAUUUCCAUUAUAAUUUCCUUCAGCAACAUACAUUUUUUAAACGAUGCUCUAUAGAUAAAAUUUUUCUAAAAAAAAUGUGCUGCACACAAUACACAUACACUAUAAUCCUAUCAAAUUUAGGUACCGUUUAUAAGUUCAGACAGUUUAAAAUGUUUGUCCGGAGUUCGGUGGUAUCUAUAUAUUAUUUGGGUAUGCAAUUUAUUACCCUUAGUUAUUACUCCGAUCUAAAUUGUAAACUGUAUUAUAUUAUAAAAAAGGGUACCUAUAUGAAUUAAAUUUACUCAAAAUCGUUGUUUUAUGAGAGAAAGAAUCAUCCUGUGUACGCUGCUGACCAUGAAAACCUACUGGCACACAACGCUAUAUAUUAUUAUCAUCAUGCACAUUCCUUUCGUGAUGGCAGAAUCUCAGUAUAAUUGAAACGUUUUACAAGUGUGCCUCGUGGUAUUCGGCGUCUUACUAUAAACAGAAGUGCUUCCUAUUUCAUGUGCUGUAAAACAAAUCAAUAUAUUAUUAUCUUUAUAAAACCGUGAACUUCAAAAUUCCAUGUACAUGCAUACAAGUAUUCACGUCUCCAGUGUGUAAGAUUUAGAAUAUAAAGCGAAGAAACUAUUAUAUAGAUUCACUACACAAAUAACCAUACUUUUCACACUUUUUCUUGUACCUUAUACAAGUAGCGGAUUUUCUGCCCGGUAGCUUUUUAUUUGAAAACUUCGAAAUUUAAUCGGUGUUACCACAACUAUAAUUUGUUAUAUUCCUUUUAGGAUUUAUAGGAUUUAUUAUAAACAGUGGAACUAUAUAACUGAAAAUAUUGAAUAUUUUUCGACGUAAUUUUUGUAAGCGAAAAAAUAACAUUUUUUUUAACCGAGCUAAGUUAAACAAUUUUUAGAUACUGAGUAUAGCGAAGAAUGUAUUGGUAUACUAAGAUGUUAUUUUUUUUUCCUUUUUUUUAUCCUGUGUACAAAAAUUCGACCAAAAAUCAUGCUCAGAUAUAUAUAUAUAUAUAUACGCGUGGCAACAUUUCUGAAAGGGAAUGUUGUCCAGAUGGUAUAUUUGGAAGGUCAUUUUUUGAUUUUUCAAACGGUUAUCUAGGAAAAAACGGGAUAAAAUGUCGGUAAACGGAAAAUGUACGAAAUGUAGGUAUUAGUAAACAAAUAUUUCGGCCUUCUUUUUUUCUGUGAAUUUUUCUACCAGCAAUUUUACUCCGAUUUACAAUGGUAGCACUUUUUCUGAAAGUAAAUCUGACUGGGAAGGUACUUUAUGGAGGUCAUUUUUCAAUUUUUCCAGCAAAUGUAAAAAACCGUGAAAAAAGGGGGAAAAAAUAAGAAAAUAUAUAAUGCCUAUUUAAUUAUUUUACCAUAAUAUGACAUACCAGGUGAUUCAUUUAAGUGCAUUCAUUAUCUCGGAAAGUAUUAACUUUUUCCGGAAUUUGUUUUCCAGAACACUUAAGAAACAAGCUGCUCCACAAUUUGAUAAUAGUGUUAUUAUUUUUCACCCUUAUUUUUUGGAGUAAAACAACUACCUUCUAUUGAUUUUCAAAUUGCAACCUAUAUUAAAAAGUCUAUGAAUAGUUUGAGUAUUAGUUAAAAUAAAUUUUAGUGUUGAAAUUUUUGAAUUCUGUCGAGCCAUUAAGGUACACUAAUGGUACUCCACGACUCUACAGCUUGUUUCUUGAAUGUUCUAGAAACAAAUUACGGAAAAAGUUAAUACUUUCCGAGAUAAUGAAUGCACUUAAAUGAAUCACCUGGUAUAUAUUGUUGACAAAGCAUCACUAUCAACUGAACUGCGCUCAUAAUCGUUUUUUCGUUAGCAAUAGUUUAUCGUUGAUAAACAGAUAUACAUUCAAUUACUUAUAACAGUAAUUACGUCUAUCUUCAUUAUCCUAGGACGUCUUUUUUUAAUUUUACCUUUUAACUUAUAAGAGUCAUAAUGAGUUGUAUGUAUUUUUGUUAACUUUUAACCGAAUGCUUUAUUGUUCAUUAAACAUAACCUAAUCGAAUCAAUUAUUUAUUCAUUAACUGGCAGUCUACCUUCUCAAACCGAGUUACCGACAAGUAUAAUAUAGUACCUACCCAAAAUGCAUUGGGACUUAACUAGUUUACUAUCGCUACCAAUAUAUAUCAAAACCACUGGGGUCCGGGACCCAACUCGGACGCAGCCCAAUAAUGAUAUACAGAACUAUUAUUAUACGUAGCUUGUUAAGUCGUAUCAUAUCGCGUCCACCGUCCGAAUAGAAACGCGUUUACAGAUGUUGUUAUACGCGGUUAUAGUUUCCGCGACCGUCUGAAAAGAUGAAAAAAAAACCCCCCGAAAAAUAAACCGCGAUCGCAUAUUAUACGUUUCCAAACCCUCAUAAUACGUGACGUGUACACACAUACCUAUAAUAAUAAUAAUAUUAUGUUACACAGCGCUGCGGUCGCGCGAUUUCACACGCACUCGCGCGAUUAUUUUGUGUCCACGAAAAAUUAUUAAUAAUCAACGGUACACCGGCUGUAUUAUUAUUAUAUUAUUUUUAUAAUGGUGUACACAACGGACGAAUGUAGACCGAGACCAAUUUUAUUACCCGACUUACGAGAAUAUAAUAUAUAUAGCAUAGGUACAUGCAUAAUAUUGUUAUUUUAUACCAACGCGGGUAUUUGUUUCUUAUAUUAUAUUUUCAUUUUGCUUCCGUCCUCCUCUCGGUGGAGACAAUGCGCGUAACACGAGCGGCAACGGCGGCGGCGGCCACCGUUGUUGUAGUUAUUAUUAUGAAUUAUUAUGUUACCUGCCUAUUAUUACUUUUUUUUGUUUUUUUUAUCGUGGUCCGGGAGCGGGUAAAAUAUUGUUGGUUAUUCGACACUGUAAUGUCACGACGGGUAAGGUGCCAGUACCGCGGGUUUUCGUGGCGCACUGCAAUGGGGCCGAUGACAUCGCGAAGGCUGGAAAAAAUAGCAUUUAUCAAAUUGGACCUUAUCGUGGUUUUGAUAGAUAUUAGGUAUAGCACACUAAUCGGGUCUCAAUGAGUUUUGGGUACUAGUUGGGCAUUAACGUUUAAAAGAAAUACAAAACAUUUUUCUUCUCAUUUUUACAAGCUUAGAACUUAGGAUGUAUUUUUCUAUCAUUUUAUCCUUUAGACAUCUUUUUUUUUUUUAAUUUUGAUCGCAAAACUCGACUUGAAUGUGCCGUUUUCAUUGACUAUAUGCGUUUUAGAUUUACACUCACAAUAAGACGCUAUGUUACUAUUAUAACUUCUUUGGCGUAUAGUAUUUAUGUAGGUUUGGAUCAACGAGCAAGUUAUGUUUGAUAAAUAUAAUAUUAUUUUUCUUUCGCGGUUUCGGGAAAAAUUCCCGCAUCGCGGUAGUUGAUACAGGAAUGUAAGUACAGGAAUAAGUCAGUCCCUAUCGAUUGCGGCGUCCUAGUUUAUGUGUUUGGAGGUGUUUAAUUUGUUGCAGUCAUCAUAAUAUAUUUAAUGUCGGCAGAAUUUUUCGUUUUUAUAUUCGCUACAUACUAUAACAGAUACUCUGUUUUAAUAAUAACAUAGCCGAAAUGUGUAAAUGGUAAUAUAUUUUAAGUAGAAUCUUAUAGUACGGAUUUUAUUCGAAAAUCAAUCACAUGUACCGUAACUCGGACGUAUACGCGUAUAAUAAUAACACAGAGUUACACGUGUAUUACAAUAACCGGUUAUAAUCUCAUGUUACAUUAUAUGGUAAUCUUGAGUGCCUAUAUAGACACGUUUCCUACACGGUUUGAUUCGCUCGUAGUUAUAUUAUUAGGCAUUUCGUUGAGAAAAGUUCAAUAACGCAUAUGAAAAGCCACAUGAUGAUAGACGUGUUUCCGGAAACAAAUAUAAAACUAACGAAUAUCAAACAAAUACUAUACUGUAUUCGUUUAAGUGUAUAUUUAGCACAAUAAACGAAAACGAUUUUAUCGAUUUCGUUAUGCGCGAUCGUUUUUUUUUUUUUUAAAUAAUAAAAAUCGAAUCUAUUCUUCUUCCUCUUUGCACGCAAGUGAAGUCAGCUAUAUUAUCUUAUUCUCGCUGUUGGCUUAAAUAUCUCCUUGCCUACUAGCACAUUUUUUUUCCACUCGUUCUCAUAUUUCCUCCAAUGACCUCUAGCCAAUUUUUUUCCUGACCAUCCUCUUCUCCGGCUCCCACGUCUAUACAUUUAACUUGUCGACUAUCUACCUGACCAUCUCAAGUUAUCCUCUCUAAUUUUUUUCCCGCAGUACAUUCUAUUCGAAUAACAUCAACUCUUAUAUUAUAAUAUUCGUUCUUAAUCCGGAAUCCCAUUUUACCGGGUCACAUCUCACAUUCUUCACCAUAUAAUAUAACAAUAUUUAUAAAAUCGUAUAUUAAUUUAAAACACGAUUAUUUAUACCCAACAUGAAAUACACACUGUUAUUAUUUCCAUAUUAACUGCGACUAAUUCACUGUUUAAUUUUUUUUUUUUCGUGACCCACGUAGAAUUUAAUACGCUUAUAAUCACUAGGUAGAUGGACCAGAGACCGGGUCCCGUGUCCAUAUCAUUAUCCGCGAGGAAAUGCAAAUUUAUUAAAUUUACAUACUAUAUUUAAUUAUUCUUGUUGUCCCAAAUACUGCAAAAACGAAUUAUUAAAAUCUCGUAUUUAAAAAAGAUAAUGUUGAGUUAAUCACUAAAUUUUGAGUAGAUACAUUAUUUUAAAGUGUUUAACGACCAACGAGAAUCCGACGAGAUUCUUCGACUGUAUAACCCAAAAAAUAUUUUGUGAAGUAAUAACUAAAAAAAAAAACAAAAAACAAUGCGCUCAAAUAUGCAUACAUUACGUGUAAUAAAUUGCGUUCGACGGCGCUACAUAUAUGCUUAGUUCACAUGUAACAUGUUUUUAUUUUUGUUUCUAUAAUAACUCUACUAAGUAUUUUGUCUGAUUUACAACAUAUAUAUUAUUAUAUUAUAUUGUUUUCCGCGAGAUAACCUGCGAAUACCAGCCGCCGAGAACUAGAUUCCACGAUAAUCAUUUAUGUAAUUCAAUUGUGCCGAGUAUUCGCCAUUUCAUUCCGUAUACUUGCGAUUUUCUCAGACGCAACGACAUACGACGUACCAUUUAUUUUGCUCUAAUGACGACGAUUAAGUGCACAAAGACGAGUAUAUUAUAUUAUAGUUAACCGUACGCCGUAACGGUUCUGGUGCCAAUUGUCGUCCGGAUGACAUCGGUAAAGACGUACCUAUAUAAAUAUAUAUUAUAGCGGAUAAAGAAACUUCUCCUCCCUAUCAUAAACCCUCGUCGCGAUCCCGCUAUUUUUCGCGAGUAUAUCACAGUCGUGCCCGUAAAUUUGUGGCUGAGUAGUGAUCAUUUUUUCACAUUUUAUCCCGUACAAUAUACAAUACGCGCGAAACCAAAUAUAGAAAUGCAGUCAUCGUAUACAUUAUUAUUAUCAUUAUCAUAUUAUAUAGACGCGGACGAACUAUAUACGUUCCGCGUACGAGUUUUCCGUUAUACUUAUAAAGAUAUACUAUUAUUCUAUUAAAAUAUUUUUUUUAUUUUUAUUGUUUUUUAUCGCUAUACAGAGAAGACAUGACGUGCGGCAUAGAAUGCAUCGAUAAAUGGCUGACCAAAGCCUUUUACAGACUCGGCCAUAUAGUGGCCAGACAUCCUGGGUACUUUUUAUUGGUCCCCGUGUUUUUGACGAUCAUCUGCGUCACCGGGAUCCAGCGGGUACAGUUCGAAAUCGAUCCCGAAUAUCUGUUCAGUCCCGAACACGGACCAGGCAAGACUGAACGAGCAAUUGUCGAGAGCCAAUUCAAAAUGAACUAUUCGUCGCUUUUUAAUCCGACGCGGAUCACCAGACCAGGUAUAUGGACAAUGCGAGAAGGAUGUAUACUAAUAUUAUAGGAGAAAAAAACCAAUAAAAUAUCUGUUUCUUGAGUAGUUUCAAAUAUCGGCCAUAUAUAGAAGAAAAAAAACCGUAAACCCCAUCAUUUUUCUAGCCCCUAAAAAUAUAUUUCGAUCGAAUUAAUUACUAUAUGUACACGCAUAUAGUAUUUAUUUAUUUUUAUAGAUAAAAAAAAAAUAGAAAGAAAGAAAAGUGAAAUUUCUAAAGCCUAUCUAUAAUAUUUUUUUUUAAAAUUAUAAUAAUAAUAAUAACAACAUCAACGUUACGGGCGAAUAUUUCAAAAUCUAUCGAACAAUGUAAAAAAUGCACAUUAGAUUAAUAAAUGAAGACGAUUUCAUCAAUGUGACAAAGACAUUUUUUUAAAUUAUUAAAGCCCUGUUUUAAUCCGACUUAUUAAACAGUUAUAACGGGAAAUUCUAUUAUCGAAUAUUUGCCAUUUAUAUCUUAAAAAUGAUAAGAUUAUAAUAACUAAAAAGAAUAAUGGCUUCGCAAUAAUUAACGAGAUUAAUUUGUUUUUAUAACUGAUGCAAAUGCAAUAAUAAUUUCUAUAGAACGUAGAUACAAUUUUUUUUUUUUUAACUGUAGACGACAAGUAACCAGUCAGUUUUAAACGUAUACGCGUCUGUUUGAAAACAAUCUUACAUACACCAUAUACAAAUGUAAUACUAUUUUCCCGACAGUCAUUUUUAUCAGUGGCGUAAUAGCCGGACAAAAUUCCUUUCGUUCAUUUUAAAAAAAAUCUCAAUUCUCCACAAAUCAACACUUAAAAAUGACAUUUUUUGAAAUUUCUUAGGGAAAAGGAUGGGGUGCGAAAAUUCCAAAACCCCUAUCCCCUGGCUGCACCGCUGAUUUUUAUAAUACCGUAUAUAUUACAUCAAUACCGUUUUAUAUCAUAUUUCACAGGGCGUUUCGGUCGAGUGAUAGUGAUACCAAAACACAGUGAUACUAUGCUGUCCGUGGAAAUAUGGAAAGAAUUACGAUUGUUGGACAACAUCGUCAGAAACGCAACGAUCACAUGGGGUCCGGAAAACAUGACUUACAAAUACGAUGACAUAUGUGCGCGAUGGAUAGAUCAGUGUUUCCCGAACGAUAUUCUAAACCUGGACUACGUUAUGGAGGACGUGGAAAACGGUACGCUGAAGCUCACGUUCCCGAUCAUGUUUAAUCCAGUGACGUGGGACGCGCACACAUUUCCGGUAUAUUUCGGCGCCACGGAAAUGGACGAUGACGGACUCAUCACGAGAGUGCCCGCGUUACAACUCGUUUACUUCAUUACUGCUGACACAAAAGCUCAAGACCAAAGGUAAUCAUUGAGUAUGUAUGUGACGAGUCUUCUUCUCCCUCGCCUUCUCCUUAAUUAUCGGGAGUCGGUCACCAUGGUUCCAAACUUCCACAUGACACGAUCUCUUAUCCCGCAUACGCCAGCUGUCCUCAUAUAAUUCUCAAUCACAUCCAACCACCUCUUUGUCGGUCAUCUUCUUACAUUUAUUUUCAUUACAAUUUUAACUGCUUCGAACUCCUGUAUUCCCACAAAAUGCCAGCCAGAUAUCUCAGUCUUUAUUUUCUCUCGUUUUGUCUACUAUCGAAACUACGCACCUAAGCUAUCUUUUAUGUACUCAUUCCUUAUCCUAUAUGUGAUUAGUGAAAAAAAAAUGAAAAGUUUUUGAUAGCUAUAUAUAUUGAUUAUAGGUACGUAUACAAGAGGAAUUUAGGGGCUAACCUCCCCUCCUGAAUUUUGAUCAUUAUACUAGUUCUAAAAUUCAAAAUAUUUAAUUUGUUUAUUUAUGAACCCAACCGAAAUUGUUUUCUAGUACAUCUAAUUGAUUAUAAUAUGCAACUGCGACCAAUUUUCGGGCAUUAUACUUGACGUAAGUUUACAUUUACUGAACGGUUUGCACUGCUGAUUGCAUGUUUUUUCUGAUAAGAAAAAAUAUCGAGAUGCUUACUCAUAUAUAUAUAUAUAUAUAUAUAUAUAUAUGCUAACCGAUGUGACGUUUUAAAAGUUUUACGUUAUAAUAAAUCCGCUAGGUUAACAAAUAUUUUUGUUUUAUGGAAAUAAUAUCAUUACGGUUUAAAAAAUUUCCCGUCAAAACAUUAAUAUGCAUUAUGGUCUAUUUAACCGUUGUAAAUUCGUAAAAAUAAUUUCCGUAUGUCCCGUUCUAGGGUUUCCUUUAAAAGGUAUAAAUAUAUUAUACUUGAGUUUUAAUCGAAUAUUUAAACAAACUUUAAUGACAGUACGAAAAAAAACUACUGAAAUAAAACACCUAAUAAGCUGAUAAACUUUGUUUCAAUAAUAUAAUCGCUUACCAUUAAAACUAAGUGCACUUGACUAAAUUUCAGGUAGUACAAUACCACUAUUAAAUAUAGUCUUAAUAACUUAUACUGUACGCCGUACAUCUAUUUACUCAAAAUAAAUAAUGUUUCCCCUCGUUCAAUUACAAUAAUAUUAUAUUGUCUGUCGGUAAUUCACGUGUUUUCACGAAAUAGUUUUUGAAUAAUAAAUACAAUGACCUGAUAUUUAAUUCGAAAUUCAUUGUUUCAAAAUGUGAUGAAAGUUUUUUAAAUAAUUUAACGUAACAAGUCGCUGGAUAACGUUGACAGCUCGAGCGAUAUUAGCGAAUCGACUUUUUUUAAAAAAUAAGUUGAGGUUAUUCAUUUUUAUAUUCACUCGAGCGCAUAAUUUAAAGGUUCGGGAAAAAAAAUGAAUGAUAAUAGGGAUGAACUUAGUGAAAAUUCGUAAAAUAACUACUAUGUUCAGGACAACAAGCUGCGACAUUUUCCUUGGAUUCAUCAAUCAGAUUAGAUUCGAAUUUGUAGUUUUUGUCUAUUUUAUUGUCUUUAUACUUAUAUAUACAACCUACCUACUUGUUGUUACCUAUGCCUGUUAUAAGACUCUCGCUAUAAAUAUUAUUACCUACCUAUUUUAUGACCUACAAAGCCAUUUACUUUCGUAUUCCCUAUACUGAUUAGUAAUUGCCUCGAAACAGAUGUUUUCGAAAAUAGAAAGUAUACAGGCACAUAGGUAUUUUUCAAAACCGACAAUUUAUUACGCGUUUAUACUCGUAUAAUGAAGCUUUAAACUUACAAUAAUAUUAAAGUGUACACUACUAUACAUUUUCACGCGCAUUCGAAGUCGUUCAAAUGAAAUGUAUAGGUUGGACGGUUAGGUUAGGUAAGUUGUAGGUAAGUUCGAAAUUAAUGUUCGGUUUUAAACAACGUUCGCAGGGGUUCGGUGUGGGAAGAGGCGUUCUUGGACGCAGUAGGUAAAGCCGAGGACUCGGGCCGGUUCCGUCACAUAUCCACAGCUCGUUUCGGAUCCCGGACAAUGGACAUCGAGCUGGAGAACAACACACGGACGGUUGUGCCGUACUUCUCGUCCGCAUUCAUACUGAUGGCCGUCUUCUCCGUAGCCACGUGCAUGAUGACCGACUGGGUGCGCAGCAAACCGGUGCUCGGGCUCAUGGGCAACGUGUCCGCCGCCAUGGCCACGGCCGCGGCGUUUGGUUGCGCCAUCUACGCUGGCAUACCGUUCAUCGGCAUCAAUUUCGUGUCGCCGUUCCUCAUGUGCAGUUAGUAUCCGCCCGAUACUCAUUUAAUUAUUAUUAUUAUUCAAAUUUGGUUAUAAAAUCAUCGGUAUUAGAAGCAAAGCGUAUAAAAACUCCGUUAUAAUAAACACCGAGGACAUCGGACCUCGUGAACUUCGACUGAUCUAUACGGGUGGAAAAUAAAAAGGAAUUUGAACGAGUUCAACGCAAUCAAAACAAGGUUUUGUCACAUGGAAUUGUGGUGCAAUGAUAGGCCGAAAAACUCGAGGAUUGCAGUGAGCGAUGGUUAACGGAUCGUUGCGUGUCCUGGUGACCAAACGCUAGGGGCAGGGUAACCCUAUAUCCAAUAAUAGGCGCACGAAGGUUAGGUUAGGUUAGGAAAUUGUUUGUCAUUUUUUAUUUCACUAUUUUAAUUUUUUAUACGUACGUUUGAUUAUCGCUGUUCUAUCGUACCUUUAUAAUAUAUCAAUUAUAAUAAAUUGGCGUUCCGAUAUUAUUACGCGCGUUAUACUCGUAAAACGAAUUUAUUGUUAGCAAAAUUGUUUUGACCGCGACGAUAUAAAUACAAAUUAAAUCCUGGACGACACGAAAUCACGCAGCAAGGUCGUCUUUUCGGCGUCUGACAUUUCGUAAUAAAACGUCAUUAUUUUUUCUGACCAGAAUAAAUUUAAAAAGAACCUACGGAAUAAUAACUAAUAAAUUCUUAUGUAUUUAUAAUAUUCAUUAUAAAAAUAUAUAUUUUUUACCUAGCGGUUGUUUCUUUUUUUUUUUUUUUUAAGAACUACAGACGAAUAUUGAAAUUGGAAAUUAGAAAUUGGCGAAUUUAACAUAUUAUUUACAUCGUAUUCAAUACAACUAAAUUCCGUGUGCAUCAGUACAUACAUUUAUGCUAUUUCGUUUUUACACAUUGCCAAAAAUUUAUUUUACAUGGAACUCGUAUUAUUGUACCUACCGACUAAAAAAAAAAAAAAAAUUGAUAAUCUAUACGACUCAUUGUAAAAAGACGAUACACAUUUACGAUGAAUCGUGUUAAAAAAAUAUACGAGUUUUAUAUCAAUCGAUCUGUCUUUUCAUUUUAAUUUUUUUUUCAACGCCCAGUCUAUCAUCGAACGAAUAAAAUAUAAUGCGACAGUAUACAAAAUAUAGGAGACUAGGUGUAUAGGUAUAUAAUAAUAUGAUAUCCAAACCCAAACACAUGUAGACAUCGCGUCUAUAUAAAUGCGAAUUUCACGCAUAAAAACCGAAUAACGUGCGUCUGUUCGAUUAUAUUAUUAUUAUUAUAUCCGGCACGACUCUAUUAUACGAAAUUUUUGUAAAAAAAAAAAAAAAAAACCGACGCGAGAUAAACAAUAUUUUGCCCGUGAAAUCGCUAUUAUCGUGAAAUAUUCGGAUAGGUAAGCGAUUUUUUUUUUGUUUUUUUGUUUAAUCUUAUAACACUUUAAACAUAAUUAUAAUUCUACGUACGUAUUGUAUCUAUUAAUCUUUUAUAAUUAUACCUGUGAAGCUGCGUUUCGGUACAACAUGUAAUCGGGUCCACCGCGCAAUGUACGAACAAGUUAAUAAUUAAAACGUAAACAACCGUCGUCGUAAAAAUUGUUUUUUUUUUUUUUUUUAAACGUAUCGGUAGGUACCUACUGUGAAAUUAUCAGACGUCAAAUAACAUCAUAUACUUAUUAUGUAGUCCGACUAACGGCACACGAUAUAGUAUUAUUAUUAUUAUUAUACUAUUUACGUUUUUUUCCAAGUAUAUACACACGAGGAUAAUUCGAGUAUACCUAUAUAUAUCAUUAAAACUAAGCACACUCGGGUAAAUUUCAGUAGUCUCUUAAUGAUAAUUUAUUUUUCAACUCGAAUAUAGUUUUAUAUGUUUUUCCUCUGGCGCGGAACUAGAUCAUUAUAGGUAGAUUAAAUUGUAUACUAUUUACGUUUUUUGUUCUAAAUAUAAUAUAUAUACGAGUUUUAUCGCUAUCUAAAUCAUUAAAACUCAACGUACUCGGCAAAAUUUCAUUCUUAUAAUUAUAAUUUGUUUUUCAACUGGAAUAUAGUAUUAUAAGUUUUUCUUAUUUCUAUAUAUACUGAAUGCGUUCAACUACGUAAUUUACGCGUUUUCGAGAAAAAUACUAUCAUACAAAAAAAAAAUUGCUUUUACUAAUAACAAAAUACUAUACUGAUAGGUGUGCCACUUCGUGUAAAAUUUUCUAACAUUUCUGCUCGGCUAUAAACUAUAAUUAUAUUGUGUCCACGUAAAACCGAAUAAAAACUAUAAACAACUCGAACAUUUCAAAUGACUAUAAACAGAUCAAAAUAUCGCCAGAAUAUUUUGACAAUUUUACCAUAUCUAGAAAUGGAUAUAAUAAAAUUAUUCUUUGAAAAUUUUAAAUACCUACGAUUGUUUUUAACCGAAAUACAAUGAAAAUAUCAAAACCAAUAAUAAUUAAACCGUUAUUUCCGUAAAUUUUCUCAUUUUUUCUCGGUAUCCAAAGCAACAGUAAAUUAUUACAAUAGAAAAACAGCUCUGAACGAUGUCUAAUAUAGUUAUAUUAUACAGAGUGAUCAAUCUAUCGUAAGACACUCGUUAUCUCGAAAAGUAUUAACUUUUUUCAGAAUUAAAUUUAUAGAAAAUAUAAAAAACACGCUGCUCUGUAAUUUUACAUUUAUGUUAUUUGUUGUCACCCUUAUUUUUGGGAGUAAAAUCACUACCUACUUUUGAUUUUCAAACAGCGACAUAUAUUAAAAAUUCCAAAAAUAGAUGAAAUUUUAGUUAAAAUAAAUUUUGAUGUUUACAUUUUUGGUUGCCAUUUAAAAAUUAAAAUUAGAUAGUGAUUUUAUCCCUAAAAAUAAGGAUGACAAAAAAUAACAUGAAUAUAAAAUUGUAGAGCAGCUUGUUUAAUUAGUGUCUUAUGAUAAAUUCAUUGAUCACUCCGUAUAGUUAUUAUACAAGGGGAAAUAGCAUUGAUCAUACUAUUACCCCUUGUAAAGCCAAAAUAAUCUAGAAAUCAACAAGAGUAAAAACGACGUAUUGAUAUUUCCUAUUAGUUUUAAUCAAUUUUUUUUAAAAUAAAACUAUUGCGAAUCUAUACAUCUGUUAAUAUAAAGUACCACUGAGCAAAUAAUCUGUUUUUUUUUUCUUUAAGAAACGACGUGGUACUUUUUGGAAAAACAAAAAAAAAAAAAUUUCCGAGAAGAAAAAACACCUCAUAAGGUAUCUUUAUAAAAUUAAUAUAGCUUCUAUUCGUUACACACGAAAUCUAAAAUAAAUGAAAUUAGUUGACACGAUCGUUUUUUUUUUUUUAAGUUUUAUGUAAUCAGAUAACAAGCGAAAAUUCAGUCUGCAUUACAAUAUCAUAAUAAUUUUCCGUAAUUAUUAGACCGACAAUUUUCCUCGCAACGGAGAUUUCAAAUUAAGCCUAUUAUUAAUUUAACGUGAGCUGCCUACUCUGCUGUUUAUUUUUGCAAUUAAUACGAAUGUGAACGUGUAAUUUGUAUACAGUCUCGUAAAAAUGUUAAUAUUAUAUCGUACUAUAAUUAUCGUAUCUAUAACAAAACAAAUAUAAAAAAAAAAAAAAUACCAAUUAACAAGUAAAUAACAAUUAGAUUUCCAUCGUAAAUUUUUUUUACAUCAAUUUGAGAGCCUUUCUCCCUGGUUUCUAUAUUAAACUACCGAAUAAGUAUAAUGAUUUAGUUUAACAACGUUGAUUGACAAGGGGUUUCGUUAUUUUCAAAACUCAUGUGACGAAUAUGUUCAGAACCCUACCCUAACUAUACGAGUAUAUUGUGUGCGUGUGAAACAGUUUUAAAUUCUGAGGAAUAUAUUGGUUAUACUAUGGCAUGUUCAGAUCGUCAACUUCAAAGAUGGCUUUUGUAAGGAAUUUUUAUCUAUUUGGUGCUCUUUGAGUAAUUGUUUUAUUUUCCUUGUAGUUUUUUCAUAAAGAAAAUUCGGGAAAGCGGGAAUAUUCCCGUUUUUAUUAUUUUCGAUUUUUUUUUUUACUGUAAUUCAGUUAAAAAUAAUCGUAGUAACCUGCAGUUUUCACAGAAUAUUAAUUUUAGCCUUUUUUUUAUAGAUGUGGUAACAUUUUGAAAACAUUUUAGCGAUUUUUGAGCUAUUUAUCGACGUUUGACAUUUUCUAGUUGUUUAUAUAGUUUUCGAUUGGUGUUAUGUAGAUAAAAUGAUUUCGGCCCAGCAUUUUAAUUUAACUCUAGAUUCGUCAUAAUUCGUAUUUGCAGUUGUAAAAAAAAAAGUUGAGCGUAAUGCAGCAUAUUUUUAUUUUAUUUUUGAAAUGUUUAAUAUUCGAAUUUCAAUAGAAACCGUUAAAAUCACGUUCUGCAGUAUCUCGCGUACUAUGUUUCGAUUUAUGCGAACAAAAAUGUUUCGAUGCAGAAUAAUAACUGUACAUUUUCUUUACGGUGAUAUUACGUCUAAGGGUACAAGUAUAUUAUAACUUAAGCUAUUUUUAUUUUUUUAAACGUCCCGAUACAGUAUAUAUAAACUGCUGCUGUAGCCCGUAAAUACCUGUAUGUAUAAUUAUUGGAUCGUAUGACAAUGGUAAAAUCAACUGAAUAGAAAAGAAGCAAGGUGAUGGCUGUAUAGAUAUAAAGGUAUGUACGCGAAUAAUCCAAUAGGUGAUUAUUAGCCAUUCCGUUGUGGUUCGCGACACGGUUUUUUUUUUUUUUAUUAUUUGUUUGACACACAUUCACAAACACGCACGCGUAUAGGUUUAGGUAUACUUAUAUACCUACACAGACGAUUUUCACUUUUUACCGAACAAACAUACUUCAUUAUUAUUAUUAUACUUUUAUCCGGGCGCGUUAACAACACUAUAUAGGUAUACGUACAAACGAUUAUUGUAUACGGUUUACAUAGUUAAAAUUAUAAUUAAAUUAUCGUUAGUUUAUACGUAUCAGAUUCCGCGCUCUGUUUGCAGUGCUUAGUUUUUGUUUUUGUUUUUUUUCUUACAAGCAUCGUUUAUAAUCACUUUUAAUUAAUUUUUUUUCGACCAUCUUCUUCGAAAGUAUAUUGGUACUGAACCGCAGUUCGAAAUUUACGUACGAACUAUUCGGGUUUUUACACGAAAUCUAAUGAUUUUUUUUCGCAAAAAUGAGAUAGCCCGUUCGAGUUUUAGUUUUAUCCCGCAAACGGCAUGCCAUAUUUACCUAGACACUUUGCAUAGAGACCGUAGGUAAUUAUUGGGUUUUGAGCGCUGCAGAAAUGCUAUAUUUUGAAACAAUCAAGUGCUCGCAUACGACACAAUUAUUUUAUAACUAUUUAUUUGUAUUAUGUGUUAGUUAUAUACUUGAUGAUAAUGCGUCGUACUCGUCUAUAUUUACAAGUUAAAAAAUUCAACAGUACACAUAUAUAGGUAUAAUUUCGUGAUAUUUUACAUUAGAUUCCGUUGCACAACACGGAAUUCACGAUAAAACACUGCAAUACGCUUUUGCCGCAUAAUACAAUUUACAUAAAUAAAUAUUAAAAUUUUCAAUAGAUAUAUAGGUACUAUUAUUGAAUAUUGAUUGGAGUCGUCGUAUUUACACUUUUGGUACACUGUUCUUAGCACCCGUUACACCAGAUUAUGCAAAAUUGCACUUUUGGUGCAUAUGAGCAAAAAAAAAAAAAAAAAUUACAUGUCUUGUAAUACCUCUUGAAAUGUGACGACCGUGGCAAUUAGCCCCUAUUCCCUCCUCUAUAUAAGUACCGGAUAUUGACGUCUAAUUUAAAUAUGGCCAGUCUAAAAAACAAGAAAAAUAUAAAAUCCAUAUUAUUAAUUUAUUAUUAAAUUGCGUUAUUUAUAAUAAACAUCGUGUCGUAUGAUUAAUAUUUUACAAUUUUAAAGUAGGUACAGUGUUAAUAAAAGACUCAGCUACUGUUUGGCUGUAUGCAAAGAGCCAAGAAAAUGGUAGGCUGUUUGCGGGAAAAAAUAAUACUUUAAAACGGACUAUGUUUUUGCAAAGUGCGCCCUGGUUUUUUUUUUUUUUUCUGAAAAACACCAAUUUCUCUUAUAGCCUACGACAUAAUACUAUAAUAUACAGAAUGAUUAAUCCUUGAUAAGACAAUCAUUAUCUUGGAAAUUAUUAUAUUCUUUUAACUGAAUAAUUUUACUUAUGAAACAAGCGUACUUAUUUUAAAGACGCUUAUUGUUUCUUAAAUUAUCUAAAAAAAGAUUUCAAAAAAGUUAAUAUAUUUUCUGAGAUAAUAAGUAUCUUAUCGAUAUUUUAUCACACUGUAUAUAUACGCUAAAAUCAUUUCUUUGGUGCUAAGGAAGAAGAACUAAAGUCAAUUUACUUUUGUUUUAAUUUUCUAUAAUUCCACGCCAUAACUGUACUAUAAUUUUCUUUAAUUUUUCAUAAUUCCAUAGUUUCAAUCAUUUUUUUGUAUAUUUUUUUUUUUUAUGAAAUGAAAUUAAUUAAAUUGAUUAGAUUAAUUAAUUUGUUACCGUCCGUUAACUACACGUGUACCUUAACUACACUUUAACUAUCGAGUAUGCCUACAAAAUAUCAAACUAGUUGAAUAUUUUGUUCCUUUUUCUAAGAACCAAAAGUCGUAAAAAUAGUUAUUAUUAAAAUAGGUCGGUACGUCUUAUUAUAGUCUUCGGAUGAUGUAUAUUGUUGGCUAUUUUCAUUUUCCUAUACGUUUUAUAAUGUCAUUUUCCAGGCAUAGGCAUCGACGACACGUUCGUCAUGUUGGCCGCGUGGAGACGGACACCAGUUACCAUGGACGUUCCUGAAAGAUUGGCCAGAACGCUCUCGGACGCGGCCGUAUCAAUUACCAUAACCUCGGUAACGGACAUCGUCAGUUUCUGCAUCGGGAAAUUCAGCCCUUUUCCGGCCAUACAAAUUUUCUGCAUGUAUUCGGGUAAUACAAUAAUAAAUAGUUAUCCGGCCGGCUAUUUCUAUACAUUUAAUGAAAAUUCCUAAUAAUAUUCUUUUUUUUUUUGGUUUUCACAGGAUUUGCAGUUUGCUUUAUAUUCAUAUGGCACUUGACAUUCUUCGCCGCAUGUAUGGCUAUCGCCGGAUAUGCGGAGCACAACAACCGCCACUCGAUCGCGUGCAUCAAAGUCAAACCGGUAUCGUUAUCAGGUAAAACAAAUUAAAAUCGUAUUCGUAAAAUACAAUACAAUUUUACGAUUCGUAAAAUCGUAUUUCAGCACAUACCUCAUGAACGGCUGUUCAAAUAUAAGUUCAUAUAUGUUUAAAAAAUUAAACAGGACUAUAAUAAUUAUUUUCACGCUUUAUUAGUUGCGCGUUGCAGCAGAAUAAACCGAAUAAUAAACGAGCAAUCGGCGAUCAUAAUAAUAUAAUAUAUGAAUACGACCAACGCCGACCUGUUGAAAUGUUGAAAAUAUACAAUAAUUAUAAACUUCUAUCUAAAAUAAAAUAUAAAAUAUAAAAUUAUUGGCGUGGGUCGUAUUUCUAUUCGCCUAUUUUUUCUUGGAUUUUUCCUGAAAAUCGAUAGUAAAUCGAAAACUGUAGUAUGAUACCAUCAUGUUUAUGUUCAAUUUCCUCUGACUGUUAUUACAUAAAGCUAAAAUCCAAUGAAAUACGUUGAUCGCGUGUUUGAUAACUCCGCUACCAGAAUUGAAAAUAAUGCGCUUUUAUUUUCGUAUGACCUUUACAAAAUGACAAGUCGUGUGAAUUCGUGUUUUUAGGUACACCACGUAGUACGCAUUCAUGUAUCAAGAUUCAAUAUUGCAUUUUCCUUUUACUUAAUAAUGUCAACUUUCAAACUCCUUUCUCUUUAUUUUGCCGAUACAAAAUGUGCAUCGCUUUACUACCCUAGAAUUCGCAUUGGCAUGUCCUCUAUUUUUACGAACCUUUAAUAAACUUGUUCGUGUUAGUGUAGGUACGUGUGAUACAUAAUACUUUUUUGCAAAUCUUUGCAUUUAUAGUAACAAUAUAAUCACUGCAGAUUAUAUCAAAUAUACCAUAAUAAUAUACCUUACCAGUUACCUAUAUAUAGGUAACUUUACAAUCCGUACAAAAUUUGUAAUUCUGUCGUUAACAAUGAAUUGAACGAGAGAGCUGCUAUUAAAUAUUCGUUUUAUAAUAACAUUUUCUCGUGAUAACGUUUUGUAAUAGAUCAAUAAACUCAAUAUACUCGGCAAGUUUCAAUGGGUGACUUUUUUUUAGUGGGUAAUCGAAAACGGAUGUUACUCUAUGUACUAGGAUUAUUUUUUUCAAAUAUUAAUCUGAUAGCCGAAAAAUCAUAGAAAAUGUGAAAAAUAAAGGCGAUUAAAACUAGUUAAAGAUAUUGAAAGCGGUUAUUCUCCAUCUUUAUCUAACACUCUUGCAACAUGGGAUUUUAAACGUGUUUUCAUUUUAACGUACCAAUUGACUUAUAGUGAAGCUAUUAAAAUUCUGGCAACAAAUUUGAAUUUGCCAUCAAAUCCUGUACUUUCCCAAUUUAUUAUUAUUUUUUCCAAAAACUAAAUUAUUCCAUUUUUUAAUUACUCCUUUGUUAUUAUGGCUUUUUAGGAUUUAAAGAGAUUAAGUCAAAACCGUUUGGAAGUCGAUCUCAGGUUGACUUAACAACAAAUUCAAAUCUGUUUCUAGAAUCCUUAUCAUUUUACUAAAUCAAUCGGUCAAUUUGAGUUAAAAUACGUCUAAAUUCCUAUGUUGCACGCAUGUUAGACAAUAACGGAAAAUCAUCGCUAUCCUUUUAAAAUUAAUGUUUAAUUCCAAUAUAGCUUUAUAAAGAUUCGUUUAUUCCUUUUCGUUGCUUUAAAAUUAAAAAUACUAGUACAUAAUAUUACAUUUAUAUCAACACAAAGAAAACCGUACAAAUCGUAACAUUUUAAUCAAAUUAACAUGCAUAUGCGUAUCUACCAUAAGAAUAUUUUUAUAUUUUAAACAUCAACAACUAGCGUGGAAAGAACAAGAAAACGGCCACUACCCUACAAUUUUAGUAUAGUUUAACGAUUUCUCAUACAAUACAUAUUAAAAAAAAAAAUGCCGUCCAUGCAUGACCUAAUUUUUUUUUAACAAAAUUUAAUCUUUCGUAUAGUAAAAGUACCGAACUUAUAGCCUUAUAGGUUCACUAACCUGUUAACUAUAUACUUAAUAUACUUAACCGGUUUAAGUGAUCUAUAACAGGUAUAAAUAUAUAAUAAAUAAUUAUAUAUUUUCACUCUUUCUAUAAAAUCGACCGUCCGAAAAAUACAUAUUACAUUUACAACCUAUUAUUUAACAAUUAAAAUUUAAUUCGAGUAAUUAUAAUAGUGUAAGGUUUCUAUGUGCAAAAGCAAAAUAUUCCGCGUGGUGAUUAUUACAAUAUUUAAAAAAAAAUUUAUAACAGGCAUCGUUCUUUAUCCGUGGGUAUAGGCCGAUCAAUAUUGUAAGUGGGUCGCGUCGUUGCAGGUGGGUGUUUGAUACGAAAACGUUGUAUACCUCUAUUGCAGUUUUCUAAAAAAAAAUAAUUUCGAGCAGCUGUUAGUUUCGAGAACAAAAAUACCUAUAGGCAUUUUAAAGUAGAUCGAUAGCGACAAUAAUUUACUGAAAUAAAGUCACACGCUUCAACGAUAACGACAACUCGGUACUUUUGAUAUUUUAUUGGCCACAUCGAAAAUAAUACAAACGCGAUAGUCCCCGAACGAUACGCCAACAUAUCAUGUUGACUUCUAACUAUUCUACCGUGGCGCUUUUGUCACGACUGCCAUACAAACUGCGGUAUCCCACGAAGGUAUAGUCGGUAAAUAGUAUAUACUAUAAUAAUCUGGACGCCAAGAUAAUGAGAUAAACGAUACCAAAUUAUACGCACCAAGUGUCACGAAUAAAGUACUAAACUAAGUUUUACGUUUUAGUGUGUUUUUAUAUAUAUAUAUAUAUAUAUGCCUAGUAAACCGAUUUCGAACACGGAAAACUCAACCAAAUCGAAAAACAUCAAGAAGAUAACAUCUGCAAGUAUGGCCGCGGCCGGUGAUCUAGCCGUUGCAUUUGAGAAAUCGUUUUUUUUUUUUUUUCAAGUUCAUUGUAUCUACUUUUUUCAUAAUUAUAGAGAAAAGCAGACAAUAAAAUAACGAUGAUUAUCGUUGAAUUUUAGACGAAAUCUAUAUACACACACGCAACCAAGAUUUUUUGAAAAGGGAAGGGAGUGUCACAUGUCUAAUCAUAUUAUUUUUUUUAAAACAACGUGUUUUUAACACAUUUUAGUAGCUUUGUAUGUUGUACCACUUAAACACGGAUUGAGGGGGUGACCUGUAGAUACCCACAACACCUUUUCUGAUUACGCCAUUGUACACACACCUUUAUCCGGAAUUUAGAACGUAAGGAUAAAUGGCCGGACGGGGAUCCGACAAACCAAAUGUUAAAUUUAAAUUUCUACACUGGAGUUUGCAGAGAUUGAAUUUUAGACUUAUUGGUUCUUGGUUCACUUUGGUUACACUACCAAAAAAAAGAAAAAAUACUUUUAUUAAUUUAAAAUAAAAAUACCGUACACGCAGUUACCUUGCCUGUAAUCACUCGUCUACAACAGUGCGGCCUAAUCACGAUGAAUAAUUUGUUUGAUUUUUUAUUUGUAUUAUUAUUUCCAUUGGCAUGUAUCCAGUGUAAGUAUGACAACACAUGACAACGUGGCGUACGUUUGGCCUUGGGAAGGGCAACGCUUAUAUAGUGCAACGACCGAAGAAAGUCGCGGAUUUUGCGGCUAAUCAGAUCGAUUCGAUUCUCUAUUUUAACGAUUACGCGUAAAACAAAAAAUAAAAAAUAAUAUCGCCUCCGCGACGUUCGACAGACCACGAUUGUUGUGUACAUGUUAGGUUAGGAACUCGUACGAUGUUUACCUAUACCUACGAUUAGUGAAUCGUAACCGUUAGUUCGUCACGGUGGCAUAGGUACGUACAAUAAUAAUUGGACGAUUGACAUUUUCGUCAUUGGCCGCGAGUGCAAUGUGUUAUUCGCGAAAAUUUAAACAGCAUUUGAAUCUUACCCCGGAAAGUAAACAAUAUAGAUAGUCCGCAGUCUUAAAUCGUAUACCACGGCUAAACUAACGUCUACAAUAACCCACAUACUUCUUGAAACAAUAAUGGUCAUUUUAUUUCCCCUCCACUUUAGAAACAUCAUCUAAAACCAUUAGAUUCGCAUCGUGUUCACCAUUUGUUUAAAAUAUUAUUUCGUUAAUACUGUUAUCCCGCCUGGUGAUGCCACUCCUCCGUAUCAAUAAAAUGCUUUCAAAAAACCGAAAUCAAUAAAGUAAAUUUAAUUUAUCGUGUUUCCUCGUGUAAAAGUAAAACCAUAUUGAUAUAAUACGUAUACGAUUUUAUAUUAUUAUUAUGAUGUGUCAUCAUAAAGAUAACUCCCAACAAAAAAUUUCGAUUUUCGUUCCAAAAAUACCGAAAGUCCCGGUGUCAGCCACCCUUCACUCUUUACUUUUACCUUAUAGUUCGAAACGUAUUUUCUGUGUUUUAAGAAAAAAUUUCAAAACUAACGAUUCUUAUACGUUGAUGCUGCAGGUUUAAUACGAGGUUAAUCGUUGUUGUUAUUAUUAUUAUGUGCGCGCUUAAUCUGUGUUUAAUACAAUAUGAUAUUUAGACAAAUUUUACUAUAGUUUUCUUUUCACGUUUACAGACACUUGGGGUUUUAUUUUUUUCAAAACAUCGUACCUAAUACAAUCUUCCGGCCAACGAAUUAUUUAUGGAAUGUAAUAAUAAUAAUAUAAUGUUCACAUUGAUGCUUUCUGAAGUCGUCGGGUUAAUACACAACCAGUGAACUAGCGCUCCUAUAUAUUAUACUAUAGUGUUCUUCCGUAAACUACAGACUCUCGCCAAGAACAUUAAUUUACUCUAACGUUCGUUAUAUUCCACGCAAAAACAAAUAAAAAAAAUGUGCAUAUUUUGCUUCUCAUAUUAUCAUUUAACUCGACCGAAUAAACGUAGUUAUUUCCGAUUCCCAGCAAUAAAAUUCUGUAUCAGAAUUAAUUAUUUCACACAUCACGUGCGAUGAUAUUAUUUUCACCAGAUUUCCAUGCUGACUCAGCAACGAUUAUCAUAGUAUUAGUUUUUAUAUAUAUAUAAUUCAUCUAUAAAACAGAAAGUAAUGUUAAACGAGUUUAAAACGAAUAUAUAAAAACAUUAUCUUGUACCGACGACCGAACAAUAAUAUUAAAAUAGGAAUUAAUGUUUAAAUAGGAAUUAACGAAUUAAUGUUCAUGUGUAUCAUAUAAAAUAAUAUGUAAAUCCGAACAAUGUCUACUAUUUUCUGCGUCACAUUUUAUGUAAGCAUAUUAUGUCUUACAUAGCCAGUAAUGAAAGGUUGAAUAUUUUCAAUAAUUGAAAUGAUGUCGGCAAAGCUAUUGCAAUUAAAUGUUUUAAAUGUUUUCGUUAUCAAAACUAUUAUACAUUAUACAAUUAUACAUUUUUGUGAAUUAUUGUACACCCUAAGUAUAAUUUUUCUCGCAUGCUCUUACGGAUAAAUUUAGAACAAGAAGAACUCAAGCCACCGAUUUAGUUAAAGAUAAAUAUACUGUUUUAAAAAUUAUGGAAAUCUAAUGGUAAUAUGUGAUUACAAGUGAUUUUCAAUUGUAGCACUUUUUCCGAAAGAAAAGUGGACUGGGGUGAUACUUUAAAGAGGUUAUUCUCCCAAGUGAUUUUCUCAGAGGUUUUUAUAAUAAAAUUUACGAAAUGUAUUAUUUUCAAAUGUAAACGGCCUUUGAAAACAUAUAUAAUCGAACUUCACUUAGAAUCAUUUUUCGUUAGCAAUGAUUAAUCGUUGCCUACAGUUAUACAUUAAAUUAACCUCUGCAUCCUACCUUCCCAACUUCUCACAAAAUACAACAGUGCCAAGUGUGUCAAUCUGUUUUAGUAUGUAUAUAUAUGUGACCAUCUUUAAUAGCUGUCAUUAUUUCCGGUUCCCUCGGUGACCGUUAUAUUGAAGUUUUAUUAUAGUAGUAUAUAAAAAAUAGGAUAUUGAAGAUUUAUUAAAUUGAAUAAUAAUUUAAAAAUAAAAGCUUAAACUUAAUUUUCUAAAAAGCCUUUCUUAAUUAUUACUAACUGUACAAUUUUUUUUUUUUUAUUAUAAAGUUUUCCUGACGUUUGUCAUCUAAACUUAAGUACAUAAUAACAAUUUUUUUUUAACGUUUAUAUAACAGAUGGCAUAGAUGAUAGUAAGAUUACUUGGUUUUAAAAUGUACUAAUACGAAUAUAAACAUUUUUUUUUCUUAUAUACAAUUUGUUUUAAUAAUUUAUCAAUCUACAAAUAAAUAUUUACAAUAAGGGAUACUAGAUAAUUAGGACAUCGUGGGGACGGCCACGUUUGAGUCUACGACUGUUAACCUGUGCGGACACUUAACCCAAAAUGUUGUGGGUUGCUUGCUUUGCGUAGAUGGCAGAAGACAUUUGCCAAUAUGUCCCUGAUGUAGUUUUUUUUGUUGGUAAUUUUAAGUCAGUGUGCAGCAAUUACAUACUGUACUAAAAAGUGAUAUAAAUACUCUAACAGAUUAUGAUUGCUCAUCAGUCCUAACUUCUAAGUCUAUAAAAAUGAAAAGGUAAACGUUUUAUAUUACUUGUAAACGUUCAGACCUAAAUAGUGUACCUGUCAAAACCCCUAGAGAUCGGGACCCAACUCGAAUGCAGCCCUCUCGUUAUAUUCCUUUACAUCAAUCUAUAUCGAUAGUGUCCUCGACAGACACCGUAUACAAUAAAUGAGAAAUUAUAAACGUAGAUUUUGUUGUGCUAUUAUAAACUAUAAACGUAUUUUCGUUAUCUCGUUUCAGACAAAAAAUCGUGGCUUUACAGAGUGUUCUGUUCGGGAGGCGUAAACCCCAAAGACCCCGGUAACCCCCGUGACAAUCCGGACAACGCCAUAAUGGUCUGGUGCCGAGACAGCCUGGGAUGGGCGUUGAACCAGUGGUACGUCAAGAUCGUGGUGUUGUUGGUAUUCGCCGGGUACCUGGCGGGUGCGCUAUACGGCACCACCACCAUCCAGGAGGGUCUCCAGAGGAGAAAGCUGUCCAGACCCGACUCGUACUCCAUCGAGUUCUAUGACAGGGACGAUUUCUAUUUCAGAGAAUUCCCUUAUAGAAUUCAAGUAAGUCGACAAAUACUGAACCACCGCGCCAGACUAUUAUCUGAUUAUUAUUAGUAUACAGCUAGUAGUAAGUGACCCACACGAAAUAUCGCUCAUAAAUAUACGAGCAAAAAAAAAAAGUUUAUUUUAGCUUUGUAUCGAAAAUAUGCCAACGUUUUUUUAUUUUGAGCUGUUGUUGAUUUUUCCGAUAUUAAACGUGUAUCACGGAAGUCGUCGGGAGUUUUCAGUUAUCGCAAACAUACAUGUAUGCUCAUAGACACACACAACGGCCGGUUUUCCAUAUUGAUCGAAUAGUGUAUAGUGUGUUCACAACACGAUAGAAUAUUUCAAUAAAUACGCGGUAAUUUACUAUAUCAAUAUCAAUUCGUUAAGCAUAUGUAUCUACACAUAAUUGAAUUAAAGAUAAUAUAAUAGUUUUUCUUAUAGAUUUUAAAACUGUCUACAUUUUUUCUUAGCGUCAGGGUUAAAAAUUUAAUUUUCCCAGUCCUACGCAAGCUGUAAUGAACUCAUAUAUUCUAUUUUAAGUACGUCGCUUAACGUCUUAGGAAAUUUGUAUCAUAAUAUUGUUAUAUCGCGCUGUCCAACUGACUUCGUUGAUGUCAAAUUUCCAAUAUUUGUUUUAUUCGGUUUGAUGACAGAUGUAUAUAAUUAUGAAGUUGUUUGCUGUUUAAAAAGAAUAAAACUGUAUAGCGUCUCUUAAAACGAUCGAACUUAAAAUUAGAUUUUACCUAUACCUACGAGUAUAUUCCCUAACGCGCAACGGAUUAAUGAAAAUUAAAAAUUUUAGCAAUACAAUGUACUUCGACUGAUACUUAGCAUGCAAUUUGAACGAUGUAUGGUUGUUAUUUUAUAUUUUAAACCCAAAAGUCUGUAGCAGAUUCAUCUUCAAAUAUAAAGGAAAUAAAAAUAUAGGAAAUACACAUAUUAGAACUAAAUGUUAAAUGUUGGUAUCUUAAAUUUUUUCAAAAUAUAAAUUCCGAGCGAAUUAUAUUUUAUUUUCUGAGUGUCUAGCAAGAAAAACAAAUUCACCCGGUAUAGACUAAAUGGCACAGUUAGGUACAUUUAUGAACUUACUGAAUCAUGUAUCGUUGGGAAGGAGGGCUACCACAUAAACAUCGUUGACUUAAAGUCUUGGUCAUAUUUUUUAUUAAACCCAAAUUCCAAAAUACCUUUAUUAUAUGUACCUAUUAUACAACUCCGUAUAGGUAAUAAUCAGCGGGGAAUUAGACUAUUGGAACGUAGACGUCCAAGAACAGAUAGAAAAUUUGACCAAAACGUUCGAAAGUUCACGGUUCAUAUCCAGUCCACUAUAUACGGAAUCGUGGGUACGAUCAUUUGUCAACUACGUAAACCGAAACCAAGAAGAGCUGAACGUGACCAUCGAUACGAAAGAAUCAUUUUUGGAAACGUUGAACGACGUGAGUAUAAAACUUUCAAGUUAAAAAUACAAGAUAGGUAGGCCAACGCCAACGUAUUCACCUAUCCGCUUUGUUUUAGCUGUGGCUGUUUAAACCGAACCCAUUCUCGUUAGACGUGAAGUUUAACGAAGAUGGUACGAAAAUCGUAGCUUCACGAUUCAUGAUACAAGCGGUCAAUAUAAGCGACGGAAAUAUGGAAAAAGACAUGGUCAAGGAACUACGGAAAAUCGCACAUGAUUCUCCGUUAAAUGUUAGCGUUUUCCAUCCUUACUUCGUGUUUUUCGAUCAGGUGAGAUUAUAAAUUAAUUUGUUUAGCAAUCACUUAACUUACGUAAAUACAGUAGCGCACACAGGAUUUUUUUUUACAGGGGGAAGGUUUGUUUAUAAUAAUUUCCUAGAAAGGAUAGCACAUAUCAGUACAGUACUAACACUAUCAUUAUUAAAUAAAUUAUUUUUAAUGAAUUUAAAUUUUAUUUUAUUCUGUGGUAUACGACAUUAUGUUGUUAAAUGUAAAACUUGAUUUAAAAAUAAUAUAGACAUUUCGGAAGAUGUUGCGAAAUCCCCCUAACCUCUCUUCUGUGUGCGCCACUGCGUAGAUACGUUUACUUUAAUUGUACUCAUUAAUUUUCUCUUUACGUUCUUUUAGUUCCCGUUUGUUUUCUUAUAUUCUCCACCUUCAUCCCAUGCAAGUGGAGUACAUUGAGGGUAAAGGGGGUAGGUUUGAGAAUUUGAAAAAUGAGAAUUUUCCAGAUGGCCUGAAUUGUGAUAUGGUCUGGUGGCCUGAUAUUUAUAUGCGUAUAAUAUUUUACUUACUUGUAUUAUUUAAAAAUGUAGUAAAAAGUUAGGCCAAGACACAUAUUCUUAUUUUAGUAACCUAUUAAUUUUUUUUUAUAUAUAUAUUUUCGUUUAAAGUACAUAACAUUAAAUUAAAAUGCAUAUUGAAAACAUUUUUCUCACCCAUUUCUCAAGUAUAAAAAAACUUAGUUCCACUCAAUUCAAAAUCACCACUGGUUCAAAUGAAAACACGAGAAAAAUUUGAUUGGUAGGUAUUUUUUUGGGUGGAUAGAUUUUAAUCCCCUGGCCUGAAUUUGCUUCCUAUGGAUCAGCUACUCUUAUUUAUCAAUUAUUCGAUUAUAUGGCAUCUUUGCAUUAUUUAUAAUAUGAUGUACAAUAUAUUUUAGUUCGAACUGGUGAGGCCUACAUCGAUCCAAUCCAUGUUGGUGGGCGGAGCUACGAUGAUGCUGAUCUCGUUCCUAUUUAUACCAAACGUGCUUUGUUCGCUGUGGGUGGCUUUCUCUAUAGUGUCGAUAGAACUAGGCGUAGUCGGAUACAUGGCUCUAUGGAGCGUCAACCUCGACUCUAUAUCAAUGGUCAACCUGAUCAUGUGCAUCGGCUUUUCGGUUGACUUCACCGCACACAUAUGUUACGCGUAUAUGUCGUCCAAAGCCACAUGCCCGGAAGACCGGGUCCGGGAGAGCCUGUAUGCCCUGGGUCUGCCAAUCAUCCAGGGCGCUAUCAGCACCAUCCUGGGUGUAGCAGCCCUCAUACUGGCUGGUAGUUACAUAUUCAUGGUGUUCUUCAAAAUGAUCUUCCUGGUCAUCGUGUUCGGCGCCCUGCACGGCAUGUUCCUGUUGCCGGUGCUCUUGUCGCUAUUCGGCCCAGGUGCGUGCAGUCGGUCUAAAAGACGACGGCAUUCGUCUAUCGACAAAUCCCUGCCACACCCGUAUUGUAUACCUCACCCAUCACUACACUAUGCUGCCAGCCAACGGCAUCAGGACCUCGCCGCCGAUUGCAAGAGCAAAAGUUAUCAUAGCAAAGCAGCAGUACUACCCAAGUCAAACUCCGCGUCCAAGCAGGACAAAGACAUGGGCCUGGGUACAUCCGAAGACUCAAGCGAAAGCAGCUCUUCAAAGUCCCUGCAAAGGAAGAGAAAAGAGGCGGCCGAAGACGAAGCGCAGCGCAGAAGGUAUAUGGAUGGUUGGAGGAAAGCCACCGGACACGCGGUACCUCUACCAAGAACCAGUUACCCUAACAACGGUUAUUUCAAUGACGAAGACAGGAAACGCGGGUAUGUUUCCGAAGUUUAUGGUCGGCCAACGAGACCGAACUAUCAUGACGAACGGCCAUACAGGAACGAAGGUCGAUAUCAUUAGGCUCUUUUGGACGUAUAUAUACGUAACAAAUGUACAUACAAUUAAAUAAGCUAUUAUUCCUAGAAUUUCGUUGAUUAGUACAAAAAAUCUUAAUUUUGUAUUACAUAAAAAUGUAUAAAUAACAGUAAAUGUUGCCAAUUUUUUUAAAAUGUAUUUAUAUAAUUUAAAUGUAAAGUACUAUACAUUUUAAUGCGCUCCUUAAUAUCUAAAACUAAUGUCAUUUUUUUUUUUUAACUAUAAUAUAGUUAUUGUUUUUUUGAUUGCUCAAUAGUAAAAAUUUUAAAUAUAUAAAAUAAGUGCCUAUUAUUUAUGAUAUAGUUAUUAGUGAUAAUAUUGUAAUAAUACUGUUAAAAUUAAUUUUAAGCAUAAUAAGUGGACGUUACCUACAGCUAUUUUAAGGUUAAGAUAUUUUGUAUUGUUAAUUUUUGUUUUAUAUAUAUUCGUAUAAGUAGAUACCUACAAAUUAUUUAAACAGCAU